AUGGAGCUAAAGAACUCUUCUUUGUCUGACCAUUUUGACUUCCAAAGCGCACACACCAUUGAGGGAAAAUGCAUUGUUCACACCUUCAAAAACUACACGAGGCUUGAGAACGUUGGUGCAGAGGACUAUUAUUGCCGAUUCGAGUACAAGGCUGCUACUGGCGCGUUUACCCCUGACCGUGUUGCCGUGUAUCAUCCUGCGUGUGUUGGCAUGACGAUAGAAGAAGCAAAGAAGCUUGAUCACUUUGUAUGCGCCGAAUGCAGUUCUGAUGACGAUGUCAAGAAAUCGCAGAACGGGUUUACAGCUGAUGAUGCCAAGGUUUGUUUCCCUCUUUUUAGUCAUCUCCUGUAUAGAUCUUCUAUGCCGCUCUGUGUGCAUCCAUGUCCUCAUUGA